AUGUGGCAACUGACAUGGGCGUUUGCCCUGGCUUUUCUGGUCCUAGGUGGUGAAGCAAAGCCCUCUCAUCUACACUACAACCACUUUGAUCCCCACCAUGUGAACCAUUUCGACGGACAUCAUCUGAGCCACUUGGAUUCUCUGCAUGCUCUGCCGAACCACUUGGAUUACGCGGUGCACGAAUCGGUUCUUCCUCCUCCAGCUCCUUUGCUUCCUGCUGUGGCUCCACCACCAGCAUUUGCUCCGCCACCACCAGUAUUUGCUCCUGCUCCUCUUUUACCUGCUCCUGCACCAUUUUUGCCCGCUCCUGCGCAACUUCUGCCAGCUCCUGCACCACUUCUUCCAGCUCCUGCGCCACUUCUACCGGCUCCAGCAUUUUUGCCAGCUCCUGCUCCACUUUUGCCAGAGUUGCAAGUGCCGAGUGUCACCCAUCAAGUGCUGCCACCCGUGCUCGAGGCGGUUCCCUUUGCACCCACCUAUCGAGCCAUUCCCGGACCGAAGACUACCACCCACCGCGUGUCCAUCGGCUACGCCUUCCCCAAGCUGCUGGCCGCCCCCCACGCCCAUCUGAAAGCCCUGCCCCUGAAGUUCGCUCACCACCAUCACCACUCGUUGUGGUAG